AUGGCCCACCUGCUUCUGCUGCUCCUGGGGCUCCUGGGGCUCUGGGGACUGCUCCGUGUCUGCACCCAAGAUCCCUCCUCGGCCCCUCGGUGGCCCCCUGGGCCUCGCCCACUGCCACUCUUGGGAAACCUGCACUUGCUGAGUGUGUCCCAGCAGGACCGGUCACUGAUGAAGCUCUCCAAACGGUAUGGGCCGGUCUUCACCGUGCACCUGGGGCUCCAGCGGAUGGUGGUGCUGACAGGGCUGGUGGCGGUGAGGGAGGCCCUGGUGGGUACUGGGCAGGCACUGGCCGACCGGCCUCCCAUUGCCAUCUUCCAGCUCAUCCAGCAGGGCAGAGGGGUCUUCUUCUCCUCUGGGGAGUGCUGGAAGGCCGCCCGCCAGUUCACUGUGCGCACCCUGCACAGCCUGCAUGUGGGCCGGGGGCCUGGGGCUGACAACAUUCUACAGGAGCUGAGGUGCCUGACAGGGCAGCUGGAUAGCUAUCAAGGGCGGCCCUUCCCUCUGGCCCUGCUCGGCUGGGCUCCCUCCAACAUCACCUUUGCGCUUCUGUUCGGCCGGCGGUUUGACUACUGCGACCCAGUGUUUGUGUCUUUGCUGGGUCUCAUUGACGAGGUCAUGGUCCUCUUGGGGUCCCCUGGCCUGCAGCUGUUCAACAUCUACCCCUGGCUUGGGGCUCUGCUCCAGCUGCACCGGCCUGUCCUGCGCAAGAUUGAGGAGAUCCGAACCAUCCUGAAGACACUCCUGGAGGAACAGCGGCCCCUCAAGCCCAAGGGGCACCCUGUGCAGAGCUAUGUAGAUGCCCUGAUCCGAGAGGGCCAGGGGAAGGACCCUAAGGGCCUGUCUGCUGAGGCCAAUGUGGUGGCCUGCACCCUGGACAUGGUCAUGGCUGGGACAGAAACCACCUCUGCCACACUGCAGUGGGCUGCCCUUUUGAUGGUCAAGUACCCAGAUGUGCAGGGCCGGGUGCAGGAGGAGCUAGACUGUGUGCUGAGCUCCGGGAGGGCUCCCCAGCUGGAGGAUCAGGACAAGCUGCCCUAUACCAGCGCUGUGCUCCACGAGGUGCAGCGCUACAUCACGCUCCUGCCCCACGUGCCGCGAUGCACAGCGGCUGACGUCCAGCUGGGUGGCUACCUGCUCCCCAAGGGUACGCCUGUGAUCCCCUUGCUGACCUCGGUGCUCCUGGAUAAGACACAGUGGCAGACCCCAGACCAGUUCAACCCAGGCCACUUCCUGGAUGCUGAUGGGAAGUUUGUGAAGCACGCAGCCUUCCUGCCUUUUUCUGCGGGCCGCCGUGUCUGCGUCGGGGAGCGCUUGGCCAGGACUGAGCUAUUCUUGUUGUUUGCCGGCCUCCUCCAGAGGUACCGCCUGCUGCCCCCACCUGGGGUGAGCCCUGCCACCCUAGACACCACACCCGCUGUGGCCUUUACCAUGCGGCCACGGGCCCAGACCCUAUGUGCAGUGCCCAGGCCCUAGCGUCACAAGCAAAUGCCACAGGCCAGGCCCCUAGCACCCAGGUCCCCCCAGCUCCGGAGUGCUCUCCGGGUCCCUGAGGAUGAGCAGGCUGACGGCACCUCAUCAGCCCUUGCUGGGCUACCACUUCACCCAUGGCCACCACAGGGCUGCGUCGUCUUCCAGGAAGGGCCACUCCGGCUGCAGAUGGUGUCCACUGUGGCCAGAGCUGAUCCCCAGUGAGGGCUGGAAUCACAGCCUUUAUUGGAACACCACUGGAGCAGGGACAGCUCCUCCUUCCCUGACAGCCCCCUCCCAGGGACCACACCCCGUGUGCUAUAGAUUCCUCUCCUUCCAGCCCUACCCUGGGGCAGCCAAGGCCCAUGCAGAGAUGGGCUCCCCCACUCCACUGUCCCUCUCUAACCCCCGGGCCCCACGGACUCAGCAGUUGCCUCUAGCGACCCAGGCUUCCUCCCAUCAGACCCCAUGGGACCCCAGACCCUGGUCUGCAGCAUGGCCCUCCCACUACCCCAGGUGUACCUCUCCCACCCCAUCUAGUUCCCCACCAGGGCCAGGUGGGCCACACACCUCUCCUUGGUUCCUACAGCUGGGGGUAUGGGUUAAUGUUAGCCAGAACUUGGCCUCCCAGGGAUCCUGACCAUGGCUCUGUGCUGGCUAGGCCCUGGGGGGUCCAGCUGGGUCUCCUGUAGGCCCCACUCUA